CCCACUUGGUAUUCUUUUUUUACUAUAUGUUUUUCCUUUCUAUGAACCAACUUAAUAUAUUUCAUACAAAAUUAGUUUCUGAUUCAAAUUUUGCCCUACUAAGUCUCUAAAUAAGUUUAGAAUAUGUUUAAUCAGGGAUAGUGUGGUUGACUGAGAGGGCAUUUUUGUCAUUAUACAUCGGUAACAAGUCUUGAUAGGCUCUUAAGGCCAGUCUUGGGUUAUAUAACAAGGCAUCUCCCUUUUGGUGCUCAUGUAAAUUGAGGAAGAGAAAAAGGAUCUGAGGAACAAUGGCUACGACAAGACAGAUCUUGGAGCAGCCACAAUCGCCAUUUAUUCAACGUAUCAAGAGCUCGGGGAACAUUAGCAUGAAUGGCAGUCCUAUGAUUGAUGAGAAAGAAGAGGAGCUUUCACAGUCUGCUUUUGCUUUGUUUAAGGCAAAGGAAGAUGAGAUUGAGAGGAGGAAGAUGGAGGUUAAGGAUAGGGUCCAGAAAAAGCUUGGACUCGCUGAGGAAGCUACUAGAAGAUUAGCCGAGAUUCGGGAAGAGCUUGAAGCUCUUACCGAUCCAAUGAGAAAAGAGAUAUCCGCGAUAAGGAAAAGAGUCGAUGCUAUUAACCGAGAACUCAAGCCUUUAGGACAGAGUUGUCAGAGAAAGGAGAGAGAAUUCAAAGAAGCACUUGAAGCUUACAAUGAAAAGAACAAAGAGAAAGCUAUAUUUGUUAGCAAGCUAGUUGAGCUGGUCACCGAAAGCGAGAAACUGCGGAUGACAAAGCUGGAGGAACUCAGCAAAAGCAUUGAAAUAUCGCUACGCUAACACAAAAUGAUAACAAUAAAGGCUGCAAAAGCAGCCAGCUUUGGUUUCUUCUUUCUUCUGCUCUUUGUAAUUGUUUGAUUCGAUAUUUGCUUUUUGGUGUGAUCAAAUCUGUUUUCCUGAUUCAGUAACCUUAGUAGAAAUGUGAUAAAGAUUCAGUAUGAUCUCACAUUUUUUUGUUUUCAUGUGUGUGACAAUGUUUUAUUCCUGACCCUUCGAGUUUUGUAACCGGAAACUUUAACUUCUAUCAAAAUUUCUUACAAAAGCUUUCCUAAUCCAGUGUAU